CCCCCCCAAUAGGAUUAAAGAGAGUCCAUAAGAAAGAGCCUCCAGAGACGCACAGACACCAUCAAGACGUCCCCGUUUGAUGCCAAUCAGACCCGUGAGCACCAAGGGAAUCAUGCCUGUGCCCAAGAAAGCAGGAAGAAAAAACAGCAGUGUUGGGGAAGUGAAGCCCCCCCCAUAUGAGCCAAAUAUCCCUGAACCCACCACCAGAGCUGACUUCAUGAAAUAUUGGCUCCCGCUCACUCUGGAUGAUAAAACUGCACAGAAGCUGUUGUGGAUUUCAGAAGGGGGGUCCAAAGUGGCCCGUACGUCAGACGCUGUCUGCCCAUAUCCCAACAGGCCUGAGAGAUACGAACACUCUCCACAGGUGCUGAGUAAGGAGGCUGUGAUGGGCUACCGGGGUUACUGGGAGGUGGACUACGGUGGCUGGGUGGUGGUCGGGGUGGUCUUUGAGAGCGCACCCAGGAAGGGAAACGAAGGGCGCGGACCCUGCGGCCUCGGGGAGAACAGCGGCUCCUGGGGCGUUGGCUGGUCCGGCUCCUGCUACCAAGUCUGGCACAACAGCGAGAACGUGGACAUCCAGCUCCCCCUGUCCUCCACUAUGGGCAUCUACGUGGACCAGCCCGCCGGCAUCAUCAAGUUCCUCGCCGUGGAGGGAGAGGACAAGAAGGAGGUGCGGCUGAUUUACAAGUUCAAAGCAAAUACCCAGGAGAAGGUUUUCCCCGGGUUCUGGAUCGGCUCAGAUUCCUAUUGCAUUCUUCGGAAAAGGGAUCAGUGACAAAGUGGAGGGCUGAGCAUGGGUUGGGGGGGUGUCAGG